AUGCAGCGCCGUGGCCGCCCGGAUGAAGAGCUGCCAUGGCUCCGUUCGAGACGCCGUGUGCUGCGAUUUGCAAUUGCUGCCAUCCUCCUCAGCGGUGCACGCAUCACAGAAGUGCGAGGCUUUACUUCGGGCCAGAUAGUGGAGGUGUGCAGGCGGGGGGUGCGGAUGCAGGCUCCUGCAACGCCCAACGAUCGCGUCAUAGUGGCAGAGAAGGAAUCCGGUGCCGGUGACUCCUCGAAGGGCUCCAUUCAGCCCCUAUCGUGGCUGCGGAAGCCUAAGCCACCAACACUGCCAGCAAAUCUCUUCAAGCCAAAGGAGAGCUUGUCACAGACCUUCCUUGCAGAUCCGAACUACAUCUUCAAGAUGGUGUCGGAACUUGAUGACGAGUCCGAGGGCGGCAAGCGGGUGAUCGAACUGGGGCCCGGAACCGGGGCUGUGACUUCUAGACUAUGGCAGAGGUAUCCCGAAAUGGUGGGCGUAGAGCUGGACCAGCGUGCCAUGCGCGUCCUGGCCCAGAAAGUUCCAGGGGUCACGGUGGUUCGCUCGGACGUGCUCUUGGUGAAUUACACCAGGCUUGCAGAGCUCCGAGGUGGACCGCUCUCCAUCGUCAGCAACCUUCCCUUCCACGUGGCUUCGCAACUGCUCUUCACAUUGGCUGACCAUGCAGACGGAGUGCGCAGUGCACAUGUCAUCCUGCAGCAGGAGGUUGCCCAGCGCAUCGUCGCAAAGCCCAACACCAAGAAGUAUGGCAUUCCCAGUGUGGUGUUCCAGCUCUAUGCUGACCCGAAGAUCUUGUUCCACCUACCACCGAAAGCAUACUUCCCUCGUCCCAACGUCAUGACCUCGUACCUGAAGCUGGACUUUGAGGCCGCAGCAGAGCGCCGGAAGGCCCUGAAUGUGGACCCUCGCGACCUACGCAACUUCACAAACACCGUGUUCAACUACAGGCGCAAGAUGAUGUCUAACUCCUUGAAGCGAAUUCUGUCUUGCCAUACCACCUUGAUCAACAAGCUCCCUGAAGAGUAUGCCAAGCUCCGCCCAGAGCAGAUUGAGCCAUGGGAGUUUGUGCACCUCACGCAGCUAAUCUUCGGGAAGAAGGAGUUCCCACGACAUUUCCGACGGGCUUGGCGCGGGGAGUUUGGACGGACGGUUCGUGAGUGA